AUGGCGCCAGCACAAGAGGUUCAUAGGCGGGUCAGAACUGGUGAGAAUCCCACCAAUAACUACCCACCUAAAGUAUAUGAUAUCGCUGCUAAUUCCCCCCCAGGCUGUAUUACAUGUCGGAAGCGACAUAUGAAAUGCGAUGAACGGAAACCUCAAUGUCGGCACUGCGAAAUCAGUCGCCGUGAUUGCGAAUACGAGGUGCUCGACAAUUCUGCUCAGCGUGAGGACGGCAAUGGGCUAUUCCAGUUCUCGGCGGAUCAUGUCUGGUUAGACACACCAUCGGAGAUCACAUUUAUUCAUUCUGUCGACGUCAACAAUGACGAUGAUGAGGAAGUGUCAAAUGCACCGACACGUGCACAAGCGACCAACCCAACAAAUAUCCACACACCGCUCAAUCAACUGGCAAAUGAGCCGUCGCCUAAUAUUCCUCUACUAGGCUCAGGAAGAGAUGACGUGGUUCAGGUCUUAACUCCUGGACCAUCUCGUGAUGCUGCCAAUUAUGCGUCUCCUCAUUCAUUUACUAGCGGUGGUAGCAUGGAAACCAUCGAUCCAGUAAAAUCCCUUAUCCUUAGACGGACUUCUGGAUCCACCAUAUACAUACAAGGUGCAACCGUACCACUUGGAGAUCCGCUGACAGCUCGCCUUCUCCAUCACUACAUAAAUAAUUUGGCAUGUUGGCUGGAUGUAAAUGAUCCGCAGCGCCAGUUUGAGACGUUUGUACCUUACCUUGCGAUGAGUUGCCCGAUUCUACUACACGCCGUUCUUGCGUUUUCAGCAUGCCACCUUAAUCGAUUAGAUGGAUCCUGUGAUGAGUUUUGCGCUGCUCAUUACCAUGAUUUAUGUGUCCAGGGCCUUAUACCAGCGUUAGCUGAUCCAUCUACAACCCUUGAUAACGUACUGCCAAUAUCCACAGUAAUUCUUCGAAUGUAUGAGAUGAUGAGCUAUGAAACGGAUCAUCAGCGACAUCUACGGGGAUGUUCAUCUUUAUUUACACAUAAUCGAAAGAAUAUUGGCUAUCGAGCACUCAAAAGGACAGCGUUCUGGACCUAUUUUCGGGAAGAGAUCAUGGUUGCUCUUGCAACAGGGAAGCCAACCACCAUCGGUCCUCGCAACUGGAAAGUUGAUAUUACGUGGGGAGGAGACACUGACUACGUGAAAACGGAGAAGAUGACCAUGUUGACAGCUGAAGUAAUAGAUUACUGCUUUUCUCGAUACCCCGGAAGCCAUGAUGGCGAUGAGAGCAACUGGGACGAACUGCAUAAUGAAGCAGCCGCCUGGAAAGACUCACUACCAGAGUCAUUUGACCCAGUAUAUGUCAUAGAAGAUGGUGAAGGAUUUCCAGAAAUAUUGUACCUUUGUACUUGGCAUAUCGUGGCGAUGCAGUUCUAUCACCUAGUGAAGGUUCUUCUAGCGCUUCAUAAUCCACAUCGUCCAAGCGGCAUUGGAUUUCUACAGUUUGCAAGAGCCGUCGAGAAGGGUGAAAUACUGAAGCAUACAAUUCAAUUAUGCGGUAUGACGAAAGCACUUGGCGAUAAGUACCCCGGUGCCCUCGUUAACGCUGUGCAGCCUCUGGUUGUUUGUGGCCAAAGUUUGAAGAACCCGGAACAGCAAGCUGAAUUGGUCCGUAUUUUAGAGCAAAUCGAACGGGUUACGACAUUGGCGACUUCUCAAGGAAUACAGUCAUUGCAAGAGGCUUGGAGUUCUCAUGGGAAUAUAUAA